AUGCACAUCACCGAGCACUCCUUGAGCUGUCAGUCGCUUUGUAGGAUCUGGUUCAAGCAUCCGUCGAACAAGGUCCUUUGCAUUAUCAGAAACCAGGGGCCAAGGAUCCCUAUUGAAGUCUAUAGCACAGCGGAUGAUUGCUUGGGCGAUACCUUGCUCCGUUUCUGCAGUAAAAAAAUUCAAAAUAAAAUUUAUCAAUUAGCAAAUAAAUUUGUCAAACGAAAAUGGAUAUUAGCCAGGGAGGAUCCCCCAUUUUAUAAUCUCCAAUUUAGAAACUGACCGGCCCAAAAUGGCGGAACUCCACAGAGCAAAAUGUAAAGGAUCACUCCCGCACUCCAGACAUCUACUUCAGGCCCGUAGUUUCGUUUCAGAACCUCCGGGGCCAUGUAGUAGGGGCUCCCCACAAUUUCAGAAAACCUCUCUCCUGUUUGUUGCAGAAAACGAGGUUAUAACAAAUAAAAUAUGAAAAAAACCGGAUAUUCACAGGAACACGGAAUUGGUCAAUAUAAACUGGUACCCAGCUUCUGGGUUACCAGUUAUGGCAAAAACAACUCGAUAGAUUGGUGUGGAGAGGGAGGGUGGGGUCCCUGGAUUCAAACCUGGUCUGAAGAAGACAGACAGCCCAAAAUCUAUGGCUUUGAGUGGAGAGUUCUCCUUCUUGUUUGCAAACAGAAAAUUUUCUGGCUUGAGGUCCCGAUGAAUCACUCCAUGCUUGUGGCAGUUCUGUAAGAGCGUAGAAGAAGUGGGUGGUCACUCACCGCCAUCAUCAACCUCAUUUGAUCAAAUCUGGUUUGCCACAAAUGGUGACAAAAAAGAAUCUAACUUGUGACGAUAUGCCACCACGCAUCUCAGUCAAAGCAUAACGAUUUCCGAAUCAAGGAAAAAUAUUAAAAUGGGUAGAUAGUAGACCAUUAAAAUGCCUCUACAUUUGCGCAAAAAGGAUGUAGACUUAACCAACUAAAGGCAAGAACCUUGUACUUAAUUAUAAUAUAAAGUAAACAGAAAAUAAGUCUAGCAAUAAAAAAUAAUUAGCGCACAAUAGUAGAAGAUGGCCCUAGAAAUCAUGCAAAUGGAAGCAAAAAAUUAGCAUGCAAUUAGAUGAAGGUGGGAGGACUUUGAGCUUAUUGAGCAAAUAGGCAUUAAAAGAAUAAAUAGAUGCACAUGAACAAACAAUCCAAUUUCCAAAAAAGAUAGCCCAUUUCUUCCCAUCAGCAGCGAGAGAGGGAGAGAGAGAGAAAGAUACUGAGCGAUGUAGAGGGAGAGAGGAGGAAAUUAUAGCCAAGUUUGACCAGCAUGCACAGAACAGACUCUCAAGCUCAAAGAAGGUCGUAAAACGGGUAAAGGAAAGAUGAAGUUGUGGGGGGUUGAGAAAAGGGGAACAUACCUGCACAACCUCAAUGAUGGUCUUCGUAAUGGCGGCGGCGGCCCUCUCCGUGUAGUGCCCCCUCGCAACGAUGCGAUCGAAGAGCUCCCCUCCCUCGCAGAGCUCCAUAACCAGGUGGACAUCCCCUUCAUCUUCGUAGGUAUCCUUGAGCUUCACUAUAUUGGGGUGGCCCGGCAGAUGCCUCAUGAUCUCCACCUCCCUCCUCACAUCCUCAAUAUCAACGGCGGUCCGAAGCUUCUUCUUCGAGAUCGACUUGCAGGCGAAGACCUCCCCGGUGGACUUGUCAGUGCAAAGGUAGGUAAUUCCGAACUCCCCUCGGCCGAGCUCCGCCCCGAGCACGUAAUGGCUGGUGAUGUCCUUCGCCGUGGGCUCCACCAGCACGGCGAGCUUGCUGCCAUAGGAAGGGCCCCUGUUAUAGUCCAGAGCAUAGGGGUUGGGCUUCGUCUCCUUCUUCUGCUUCGGUCCCCCCUCCUCAGAACGGCUGGCGGGGGCCCAACAGCAGUUCCCCAUGGAGGCCAAAGUCAGGAUCUGAUCUCUCUCAGAUGCCCUCCCGCCACCGAAAACCCAGAAGGAAAUCGACCAGAAAAAAGCUGGGCAAGACUCAAAUUCCCCUUCGAAGAGCUAGGAAAGGGGGAAAACCCGGGCCGCUGCCGAGGGAAACCAGAGACCCGCCGAAGAGAUGGCUAA